AUGACAAUGUCUUCGCUCUACCAAAAGGUGCGGUCGGUGUCGUUCGACGUGCUCUGGCGAACCGCCCUCGUCCGCUUGCCACGCGCCGUCCCAAUCUCUACCCUCAAAUGGACAUCCCCCGAAGGCCCGCAUCCUUUCGUCUUCCAUCUGCCUUCGAGAUCCGACGAAUACACCAUCCCGCUACACAUCUUUGUUCCGCAGAGCUUGUACGACAGUGCGCCGGCAGACGGUGCACCCGUCUUGGUGGAUUUCCACGGAGGCGGCUUCUACCUCGGAUCGUGCCUCGAACAGGCUCCCUUCUGCGCUUACAUGGCGAGGAAGCUCGACUCGAUCGUCAUCAGCGUCGACUACCGCAUGGGGCCAUUCCAUAGCUUCCCAGCGGCGAUCGAGGACGGUGAAGAUGUGCUCAGUGCCAUCCUCGACAAGGAUUUCCCGGGAUACAAGCCACUACGUGAAGCGGUAGCUGCACGAAUCCAGUCAGAGAAGGCAAAGAUAGCAAAGCGGGGUGCCGCCGCCAUAGACGAGCAGCACAAACAAGAGCUGCAGAAGGGCAACAUCGAGCAGAUCACGGUUCCAACCCAGUCCAAAUCCUCCACGACUCCGGCCUCGUCUUCCACUGCCGGCUCCUCGCGUCCAGCCUUCGACUUUGACUCGACCAAGGUGGCUGUAUCCGGCUUCAGCUCAGGCGGCAAUCUGGCUCUCAACCUCGCCCUCGACAUCAGACCGCCCGAGCUCGAAAGCCCGUGGCCGAGCAGAUUUACCCCCAACUAUUCCACACCCAUCCCGUUACUCCUCUUCUACCCCUCGUUCGACCUGCGUCAACUACCAUCCCAACGAUCGCGUCCCGAACACAUGGGGCUCCCAUCGGCGUUCUGGACCCAAGUGGCGGACUCGCUCGCACCCACCUACGCCGAACGCGAUCAGACCUCCCAUCCACGCGUUUCGCCCGGCCUCGCCUCGCUCGACUCGCUGCAUCCAGCCGCCCGCAUGUUUCUCGUCCUGUGCGAACUCGACACGCUCUCCGAACAGUCCAAGCAGUGGGUUGCCAAGGUUCAGGCGCACAAGAGGACCGAGCAUCUCGUCGUCGAGGACGUCGCCAACAUGAAGCACGGCUGGACCCAGAUGCCCGACGGCUGGCUCUCGCCCGAGGAAAAGCAGGCCAAGCAGGCCGUCUUUACAAAGGCCACCGCUUUCGUCGAUUGGGCUUGGAACGGAGCGCAAGGCCAAGACAAGCCGAAGUCGCAGCUGGUUGUGCCGCAGAAGGAUACAGGGAAAGCACAGACGGCGGAUAUUUCGCCAAAGGAGGUGGUGUGA